UGAAGUUCGGGAGAAUAACGAGUUGAAGAUGAUGCUGAGCGACUUCUGAGGCACAUUGACCGAUUGGCCAAAUGGGCAGACACUUGGCAGAUGCGUUUCACUGCAGGGAAAAGUGAGUGGUUAUGAGUUCCGCCCCUUCCUGGAGUUUGCCUGCCUUGUGAUGAGUCACAUGUCAUUGAUGCUGCCUUUUACCUCAGUGAAACCAGAAACAGUUUGUGUGUCUGAAGACCAGCUUACAGCAAAUAAAAGACUGCACAGAGAUUGAUGUUAGCCGCAUUUCUAUAGCUGAAAAUGUAUGUAUUAAUCAGAAUUGAAUGCAGUCAUGAGUAGACAGAUAGAAUAUUGAACUUGUUGAAUUGAAAAUCUUGGAACAUCUUCUGUUUUUAUCAUGGCUUGGUAUCAAACAGAUUGUAUUGAAAAACCUCUUUGUACUACAUUCAGAAAACUGGGAACUUGUGUUGGUCAGAAUCCUUGGUGGUUCUUAUUGAUUCCUCUGUUUGUUUCUGGAGGAAUUGGGGCAGGAUUUUGUUUCUUUGCUGAAAAUGAAAGCAAUAACAUAGAGGAUCAAUUCACACCUAUUAAUGGGCCAGCAAAAUCAGAGAGAGAGUUCAUUAAAGAGCAUUUUCCAACCAAUGAUUCUCAAUUUUUCUCCAGACAGAGACUUUAUACAGAGGGGACAUUUGCUUCUUUUAUUGCUGUUUCGAAAGAUGGCAACAUUCUGACAAAAGUAGCAUUUGAAGCGAUUCUAUUCCUUGAUAAAAAAGUCAAAGACUUCCAAUUUUAUGACAAUGGCACAGCCUACAACUAUUACAAUAUUUGUGCAAAAACAGCAGACACUUGUUUCUCAAAUGAACUCUUAGAUUUGCUACACUAUGAUCCUAAUCUGGUUGAGAGUACAAAUAUUUCUUACCCAAUAGCAAAUCGUACUUUUAUUGCUGGUACAGUGGGUGGUGUUGAAUUAGGUAAAAGUGGAACAGCUAUAAAAAUGGCAAAAGCUUUAAGGUUACAUUAUCCAUUAAGAGAAGAUGAUGAAACAUAUAAGAGACUCAGUUUGCUGUGGAUUGAAAAGUUUCUUAAUGAAUUCCCCGUGGACCUUACAUAUGCAUCUUGUAUUGAGGUUUCACAUUUCACGUCUGUAUCAAGGCAAGAAGAAUUUGAGAAAAGUUCCAAAAGAAUUAUUCCUCUUUUUUCUAUAACGUAUUUUCUUUCAAUAUCUUUUUCCAUCUUGUCUUGCAUGAGGCUUGACUGUGUGAGAAAUAAAAUCUGGGUUGCUGCUAUGGGAGUUAUAUCAGCUGGAUUAGCUGUGUUUACUGGCUUUGGAUUGCUACUAUACUGUGGAAUGUCAUUUGCGAUCAAUACUGCUAAUGCACCUUUUCUGAUUCUAGGUAUUGGUGUGGAUGAUAUGUUUAUUAUGCUCGCCAGCUGGCAAAAGACAAAAGUGCAUGAUAGAAUUGAAGACCGUCUGGCAGAGACAUACGCUGAAGCAGCUGUUUCUAUUACAAUCACCACUCUAACUGAUGUUUUGGCCUUUUAUAUCGGUAUUAUGACACCUUUUUGUUCUGUCCAAUCAUUUUGUGUUUACACAGGCACAACUGUUCUAUUGUGCUUCAUUUACAACAUUACAUUUUUUGGAGCUGUUCUUGCAUUGAAUGGGAAAAGAGAAGCCAGUAAUAAGCAUUGGUUGACAUUUCGAAAGGUUGAAGAAGAUCACAAACCAGGGGAAUCUAAAUUCCAUGCAUUAUGUUGUGUAGGUGGAACAUACGAUCGGGACUCAGGCAUGGAAUCAGAACUUAAAGUUUAUUUUUUCUUUAAGAAAUAUUAUGGACCAUUCCUUACAAAUCAAUGGACCAAAGCAAUUGUGGUGUUCCUGUAUGUUGGGUAUUUGGCUGGCAGUAUUUAUGGCUGUUUACACAUCAAAGAAGGAAUUGAUCUCAGAAAUUUGGCUUUUGAUGAUUCAUAUUUGAUCAGGUUCUAUGAUGAUGAAAGUGAUUUUUUCUCAGAAUAUGGACCUCGAGUCAUGGUUGCUGUCACUGAGCCCAUGGAAUAUUGGGAUUCCACUGUUCAGGAUGAAAUUGACACCUGCAUGGAAAAACUGGAAAACAACUCGUACGUAGACCCUGAAUUGUCAGAGUCCUGGCUUCGUGUGUACAUUGAUCUAUCUAAAAAGAUGUCAAUAGAUAUAAGGGAGAAGAAUACAUUCAUUGAAAAUUUACCUAAAUUGUUCAAGUUUGUCUCUUCAUUUCAACAAGAUAUUGAGAUCCCAGAAAAUAAUAUCAGUAUUAGAGCUUCACGAUUUUUCAUUCAAAUUGUGAACACCAGUAAUUCAAUUGACCAAAAAAACAUGUUGAUUGAAAUAAGAAACUUGGCAAAUGAAUGUAGAAUCCCUUUGCUUGUGUUUCAUCCAGCAUUCAUCUAUUAUGAUCAAUUUCUUGUGAUUGUGACCAAUACAGUCCAGAAUAUAAUUAUAGCAACUAUUGCUAUGUUGGUCAUUUCUUUACUAUUAGUACCUAAUCCAGUUUGUUCUUUAUGGGUAACAUUUGCUAUUGCAUCUGUUUUAGUGGGUGUGGCUGGUCAUAUGACUUUCUGGGGUGUCAACUUGGAUUCUAUAUCUAUGAUUAAUCUGGUUGUUUGUAUUGGAUUUUCGGUGGAUUUUACAGCUCAUAUUACAUAUGCAUUUGUUUCAAAUGAUAAACCAAAUGCCAAUGAGCGAGCCAUUGAUGUGCUGUACAAGCUUGGCUAUCCCAUUCUGCAGGGAUCUCUUUCAACCAUACUGGGUGUUGCAGUGUUGUCUAUUGCAGGUAGUUACAUAUUUAGAACAUUUUUUAAGAUCAUGUUUCUUGUUAUAUUUUUUGGUGCAGUUCAUGGCAUUAUAUUUAUGCCAGUGUUUUUGACAUUUUUACAAGCUUGUGGCAAACAGCAUAGUGGUCCUCCUAGUGGACAUGAUCGCAAUGCCCACAGCUACCAGCAUGUUCAUCAUAGCAAAGUAAAUGGAGACUCUUCCUAUGAACUGACAGGAAGGUGAUAACAGUUGCUGUUAUAUGAGACGAAAGAGAUCCAUAGCAACUUUAUUAACUUGCUGUUUUCUUAACUGUGAUCCCAGGGAUUAAAGGAUAAACUUAGUUAGGAGUGCAAUUAAUUACUUCUUCCCCAAUAAUAUUUUUCUAACUUGUAUAAAUUGAGUUAUUGAAGAAGAAAAUAAGUGACCUAUUCAAAAAUCUGGUCAAAUGUUUCUGUAUCAAAAAUAAUUAUCAUUGCAAAGGUCCAACUUGUUCUUCAUAGCCAUGUACCCAUUGUCCAUUCCCAUCAAUUUGAAAUUAAGAGCAAAUAGCAUCCCUUGUUUCUCAUUUGCAUUUUCUAAGAACCUCAACACUGGGGCUCUUCAAUUUUCGCAGUAUUCAUUUCCUACAGAUCUGAAGAGCUAUAAUUUGUUAAUACUUAAACAAUAUUUUUUGAUUUAUCAUUUUUUCUGCCAUUCCAUCUCAACAUUCUCUCUGUGUCAAUCCUUAUUAGCCACUCGCCUUGGUUCCUCAGUCAAAAUGUUUCUCUUCUGGGACUUAGAAAAAGAUAUAAAUAUUGUUACAGUGAACAUUAUAGAUAAGCCCCUCAAAUCAAACAAAAGUCUGUUCAUAAUAAAGCAGGUAUGAAUUGUGACAAAUUGUGUCUCCACCACUAUUGUUAUCAAUCUGUUUGUGCCAUCCAGCACUGGAUGAGCAGAAAUUACUUCUAAAUGACUAUUCAGAAUCUCACAACCAUUAGUUUCAGUCACUUUUCUGACUCAGUUCUCCACGAAUUGACUCUAUUCUUUCCUUUCUACUAGUCUUGAGACUAACCCAAUUUGUUUGUAACCUUGGUGUCACAUUCAAACCCACAGAGAGAUUUGGAUCAUAUGUUCAAGCCAUCACCAAGGCUGCCAUUUCUGUUCCUAAACAUUGUCCAACUUUGUACGCGUUACUGAAAUUCACAUUACAUUUAUAACUCUGUUACUUCUAGAAUUAACCUUUCUGUUGCACACCUGCUUGCUAUCCAGCAUUCUACCCCCUGUAAACUUGAGAUAAUGCAAAACUCUGUUCCAUGUGCCUUAACUCACAGUAAAUCUUGUCCCCCUCUCACCCUUGUUUUCCCUUUUGUAGAUUGGAUACUGGUCAAGCAACACCUUAAUUUCAAAAUUCUUGUCCUUGUAUUCAAAUCCCUCUAUAAUACUCCCAAAAGCCCUAAACUUUUCUCCAGAAUAACAAUCCUACAAGAUAUCUCUGCUAGUUGUGGCAUCUUGAAUGUUCCUGACUUUAAUUAUUCCGCCAUUUGUAACUAUAUCUUUAACUGCCAAGGCUCAAAGCUUAGAAAUUCCUUUGAAGCACUUUCCUACCUCUCUUCUGUGCCUUCCUCCUUUAUUCCUUCAAACCUAGCUCCUUUGGUCAUCUGACCUAAUGUCUCCUGUGGAUCACUGCCAUAUUUUAUUUUAUAAUACUUUUGCAAAAUACCCAGGAGCUUUUUAUUAAAGGUAUUAUAUAGGUAUAAAUUGUUGAUGUUUUUGUAUUUAUCCAUCAUACUAGUUGCACUUUGCAAGUCCAAAUAAGUGCGGAAACUCUGAUGCCAUGAAAGGGUAUAAUUUUUAAAGGCUUUUUUUGACUGUUGACCCAAAGGAGGAAGCCUCUUGGUAGUACAGUACUUGAAUACUAAACGUAGUUUAAGAUUUUUGCUUUGAACUCAUCAGGACAGAAGCACAAGACCAAAUAUUAAAGGGAUUGAGAUUUUAUUUCUGCAUGAGAAAGGGUGCUAGAUAACAUUUGCUAAAUAAUCUUGGUUGUGUUAAGAAUACACUAACAAUUUAAAGUUACCAGUUGGCCUUGCAGUGCCAUUGCUUACAGUGAAGUGAUGUCCUAAUGGUAACAUUGCUGGGCUGUUAAUCCAGAGAUUCGGGUAAUGAUCCAGACAGCUGGGUUUGAAUCCUGCCACAGCAGAUGGUAGAACCACAAAACGAAUGUUGAUGUCAAGAAACACCCAUCUCGUUCACUAAUGUUCUUUAGGGAAGGAAACUGCCAUCCUUACCUGGUCUGGCUGAUCUGUAACUCCUGAUCCACAUCAUUGUGGUUGAUUCUUAACUGACCUUUGGGCCAUUAGGAUAGGCAAUAAAAGCUGGCCAGCAAUGAAAUUAUCCCAUGAAUAAAUUUUAAAAAAAAACUUAAGUUUGCUGGAAACUACAAGCUAGGGAGGGCCCUGUCCUUUGCACACAGAAGGAACAUAUCCAUGCAUUCCAGCUGGUUUGAUAAAAAACAGAGCCAUGGGGGACAGCAGCUUUCUCUGUUGUGUUCCUCACGGCAAUUCCACGACCAAUCAGAGUUGACUUGCAUGGUUUGAAAUUAAGUAAAAACUUGCCAGUCCAAAGAUAUAUUGCCCUGUAGAGUCUAGGGUUGCGCAAGCAGAAUGGGUUAGCAAUGGUAAAUACAGGGUUAUGGGGAUAGGGUGGGGGGAAGGUGGCGUGGGAUGCUCUACAGAGGGUAAGUGCUAAUUCACUGGGCUGAAUGGCCUCCAUCUUCACUGUAGGAAUUAUAAACUGUUUCCUUUUACAUUCUCAAUGCAAUGCUUCUACUAAAUUUUGCCCAUGAGUGAAACAACCGGUGCCUUCUUCCCAUGCAGUGUAAAUUGUUGUUCCUUUUCAAAUUUGGUAUUCUUGUGUUUCUGUCUUGAUGAAUGAAACGUAAAAUAUUUUAUCAGCAUAUCUCUUUUUCUGUUAAUACAAUAGCAGUAAUUGAUUCAAACAUGUUCCCAAUUACUGUACAUACUGCACAGCUGCAGAAGCAUCUGAAAUUGAAUGGAUUUUUGCAAAUGCUUUUAUACGGUGAAUCAGAUUAAUCUGCAGCAGACUAUGACUUGCACUGAGUAACAAUAUGAUUUUCUUCUGUUUUGACAUACUUGUGUCCACAAUGACUAUGCCUAAUAAGAUGAACUGCGAAUUCUGUUACAAUAUGCUAUUGUCACAAGAGAUUGCAGUGUGAUACUACCGUCAUAGUCAAAUAUUGUCUGAAAACAUCCUAUUCAAAUAAAGAGCAUGAUCCCACUGCUGUUAUACAAAAUAAUUUGCAUUUGGAUUCUUACAUCUACCUCUGUCACCAUAUGGGCUUUUAUAUGCUUUUUGUAAUAUGGUGAUCAGAACUAUUUACAGCACAUCAAAUAUAGAUUAACCUAAACUUUGUAAAGAUUUAUGUAAUUUUUCUUUUCAGUUCUUUGCCUGUGGAAUGAUCCUUGUGUUUUAUUUUUAACCCAUUUAACAGCCUUAUCAACAUACAUCAUUACUUUUAUGUACCUGAACUUUGAGGUCUUUUCUGUUUCUUCACUCUAUUAAACAUAUCUGCUGUAAGGAAUAUGCAAGCAUCUCAAUCUUCCUACCAAAUAAAAACCUCUUAAAUGUCUGUGUUGAAGUUUAUUUACCAAUUACAUGCCCAUUCUACAAGAUUACUAACAUCAUCCUGUAUUUUGUUGUAAUCCUCUAUAAUUCUGUAUCCACAAACUAGUGUAAUUGACAAAUUUUCAAAUUGU